AUGGCGCAGAAGCGGUUGAUGAGCGAGCUGCAGACCCUGCAGAAGGAGAAAUGGGUUCACAUUGACGUCGACGAGAGAAAUGUCAUGUGCUGGAAGAUUGGCCUCAUGGUUGUCAACCCUGACAGUGCCUUCAAUGGAGGCUAUUUGAAGGCUGAGAUGACUUUCCCUCGCGACUACCCGUACCAGCCGCCCACUUUCCGUUUCCUCAACAAGAACAUCUACCACCCGAACAUCUACACCGAUGGCAAGCUCUGCAUCUCCAUCCUCCAUACCCCCGGCGAAGACGAGCAGUCUGGUGAGCAGGCCUGUGAGCGUUGGUCUCCCCUCCAAGGCGUUGAGUCGGUCUUGCGCUCUGUCCUGCUCCUUCUGGACGACCCCGAGAUCAACUCUCCUGCCAAUGUGGAUGCCAGCGUUCUGUAUCGCGAUCAGCGUCCUGAAUACCAGAAGAGAGCGCAAGAGACGGUCGAGAAGUCCAAGAAAGACAUGCCUCCGGGUGUGACUUUCCCCACGACGGCUGACCUAGAGCCUGUGCCUCAAAAGACAAUGGAUGACGACGCCUUCUGGAAUGAGACGGACGAUGAGGGUGACUUCGACUUGGGCGGCAGCGACAGCGAUUUUGACAUGGAUGAGUAUAACGAGGACGAUGAAGACGAGGACGCGGACGCGGACGCGGACGACGAUAAGCCUUGA